GUUGGACUUUUCAGUAGUAUUUUAGUUCCCCGGUUAUUGACAGGCAAUUUUCUAGUUUUUAUCACAACUUGCAAAGGGCAUUGGAUUGUGCCCGUCUUCCUGCAAGAGAUAAGACGGGUGUUAAAUUGUGUUUGCAGAUCCGAGCGCGGGAGUCGGAUGCUCGGAAUCUCCCUGGGGAAGCUACGCUUCUGCUGGACCAGCGCCCUACCCUUCAUACUCACCCCUACAGCCGUCGUUCCCCUAUUCCUGUAGCAGUGACCUGACCGGGUCAGUACCCGCCCCGACUUCAACACUAGACCCCACUUCAAUGGGGCAUCUGCCCACCGUGCUUUCGGAGCAAUCGAGUGGGGGUGUUGGUAGCAGUGACUACAACGUGAUGUUCUCGACGCCGCCACCCCACAAAUUAUCGCCACCGGGGCCAGAUCUGGACAACAUGUCUUGCAAUAGCAGCAGCCUUUUGGGGGCCAGCGGGGCUUCAGGGGGUGGCCACCGAUAUCCGGCCUGCCCCGAACCCACUAACACAGCGACAUCUGUAUAUAACACCACGCCUGGAGCGCCGGGUCUCAACUGCGGCGGAACGACGUAUCACCAUCCAUCAUCAGGUUCAUGGAGUAGUCACCAGGCGCCAGCAGCAUCUGUCAGCAACUUCCACCAUCCACCCCACCACCCCAACAACUACCCCAAUUAUUACACCAAUACUACAAGUAACCCCAGUGGGGGAUCUAACCCAGGUCCCCCAGCCCCUCAAGGAGCCUCCACGUACCUCAGCAACCCCACCGCACCCCCCACGAUGGUGUUCUAUCCUCACCUUUACUCGACUGUAAACCAGAAUCAGAUCCACCUCCAUCUCCACAGCAGUUCGUCGCCUAGCGACGUGCAUGGGAGUUCGAAGUCAGGGUCGGUACUGGGGGACACACUGCAGUGUUACCACCACCAGGACGAUGACACUACGUCUAUAGUUGGUGGUGGUGUAAGUGGUAACAAUGUCACGAUAAGUUCGGCUGGAUCACGAGGUGGGAUAGAGAUCGGUGUACUCCACCAUCAGCAUCAGAUGCAGGGCACUGGCGUCGGCACCGGGGCGCAGGGCGACGAGCAAGGACUGUCCAGGUACUCGGGUGCGGGGCAACAAGGUGGCAGUGGGGGGAACACGGACAGGCAACAGACAGACCAGUCCGUCUGGCGCCCCUACUGAUCAACGCGACAUGACUCGAGGUUCAAACCCGACAACCAUCACGCAUUAAAUGAUCUCAAUCACCACUGUGAGGAUACAUGAUGACGUCAGACCGCAUCUCUACAAAAAAAAAAACGCCCACGGAGCUACGUCAUGAGGUCCUCUUAGGAGCACAUACCAGAAGACGUUCGAGGCAAACACAUACCUCAUUGGAGCAGUUCUUCUUGAGAAGCGAAUGGCAAUUUAGCCGAUCAAAUCGCCUGUUUUUAUGUAACCGGAAGGUCUAUUACCGUUCUCACAGAAAUCCGCCUCUGAACACGAACUAUCCUGAGACAACUGAACCAAUCCACGCCUUCACAUCCUAAUUCUUUAAAUUCAGUUUUAAUAUUAUCCUCCUGUUUACACCGAAAUCUCCCAAGUGGCUUUUCCCUUAAAGUUUUCGGAGUACUCAGCGAAUUAACAAAUUCACACGUGUUAUGUCCAGUAAUAAAAUAUACGGCCCACUACUUAAUGAAAAUCUUUGAAGACGACGCAAAACGUAUUACAUUAAUAAUAUAAAGCAUGCCCCAGAAACGCCCUACUCUGUAAAUGAAUGCUAAUAUUUUUAACGAAUUUUAUACGGUAGGCCUUAGCAAUAUAAUCAGCGUUUCUUUCUGUUUCGAUGGAUUCUAAUUAUAUAAAACAGGGCAAUGAAUUUGAUGAAUCCAUGUCAACAAGGUAAGAAUUCCUGCGACACGCUGUAUACAAGUGACGUCAAACAUCUAAAGUUUAACCUAUUUUGAAGAUGGCUGUAUUAAUGGGAUGUUGCACCGUGUAAUCUGGUAGAAGUUGACCGACGUUUCAGAAGUCCUUGCUGACUCCAUAAGAUGAAGGCAGCAAGUUUACAGACGUUUCAGAGGACCUUGCUGACUCCAUAAGAUGAUGGGCGCAGCAAGCACCGCUGAAACGUCGGUCAACUUCUACCAGAUUACACGGUGCAACAACCCAGAAGACAGCCAUCUCCAGACAAAAACCUCAUAUCCUAUAUAAAACUAUUUUCUAAUUCUAUUAACUAACAACAGACAUUUCAUCUGUCAAAAUAAUGAAGGAGUUUCAGGCGGACCUAGAUUCUAUUUAGAAUAAAAUGUCCGAACAGGGCCACAGACCUAGUCCCCCGUUUCUACUUCCAAAUAAAUUAAUUAAAUAAACGUAUUACGUAAUUUUAGACACUUUGGGGUCUAUAAAAUUCGACGAGUCUGAACAUUUUCAAAUAAGCUUCAGUAUUCGAAGAGUAGAUACGUGGGAGAACAAUCAACUCAUCACCUAUUUCCCAAUUCCUUCCACAUAAAGUGUUCUGGACCAAAAUAAAACUUAGGUUCGUAAUGGUUCACCAGACUUGCUUUGACUUAUUACGACACAAUUAAAAUAGUUUAUGAAACCUAAUAUUAACAGACAGCUCAAUAGUAAGACAGCCCAGAUAAAGUUGAGAAGCCAAGUCUAUUGCAUCAGAUAUCUUCUCGAUAUGUGAACACAGCAAUUAGUUGUGUGAACUCCCGCUGAGAAGUUUAUCCCAAAGAAUUUAAGCCAUGAUGACGGAUAUCUUCUGGGCAGUUGCAUGCUGCCUCCAACACCAACCUGAUGAUGGAGGCAAGAAUCACUUCCGAAACGUCUGUAAACUU